AUGCGUUUACUGCCGCUAUUAGAACAGGAGAAGAAGAAGAAGGAGAAGCCGGAUGCAAACAAGUCCGGUCCGAAGUCUCUUCAUGACCGGGGAGACUUUAUAAAGAGAGGACAGCCCACCAUGACUGAUGUGAGUGUGCAGCAGUGGGGGGAGGUAGUGGGCCGGGGCCCCGUGGACAUGUGGGUGCUGCAGUCGGCCCAGGUGCGGGUGGAGGUCCUCAACCUGGGGGGCAUCCUCAGAUCUGUUUGCUGCAGAGGGAGGGAGGGCCACAUGGAGGACGUGGUGCUGGGCUUCGAUCACCUGGAAGGUAAGGGGAACCUUCCAGAGGCUGAGUCCACUGAGGCCCCGGCCCCACGAGGAC